AUCAACUUGACUCUUCCCUUACACUCGCUUCACCCGCUUCAUUUGGUCAUGGCCAAUAUGAGGAACUUUGCUGCUUUUGCAGCCUUUGCGGCAAGCGCCCAAGCAUUUGUUUCCCGCGAUACCAGCUGUUGCUUCCACCUUACAGCAUCCGGCGGUGCUUCGGGCCCUGUUGGCCAGCUUGGAGAUGGUCAGAACCGUGUAGGCGGUGACUCGGGAAGCUUGCCUGAGGGCCAGUUCUGUAUUAACACUGAUGGCUCUAUCACUGAUGGUAGUGGACGUGGCUGUAUAUUGACUCCUCCCACGACACAAUUUCAAUGUGAUUUGGGUGGAACUCCCACGCCAGGAUUCUCAGUCGACUCGAGCGGCCUGCUCGGUUAUAACGGGCAAACUGAUUUCGUUGCCUGUGCAACUGGUCAAAAUGGAGAAAUGAACAUCUAUACCUCACCGAACAGUGCAGAUGUUACAGGCUGCGUUAGCAUUCAGCUAACGGCCGAUUCUUGCUUGGGAACGGGAGCAGGAGGAGGUGGCCCCGGAACACAGGGCCCUGGACAAAGCACUGCGACUGUCCCAGUUGUCUCACCUUCGCCUAGUGCCCCAGGAGGUGGUACUGGAGGCAGUGAAGUUCCCGGCCAAAGCACCCCGACCGUCCCAAUCGUUACGCCCUCACCCAGCGUUCCUGGGGGCGGAGCUGGAGGUGGACCUGGCCCUCAGGGUCCUGGCCAAAGCACUGCGACUGUCCCAGUUGUCUCACCUUCGCCUAGUGCCCCAGGAGGUGGUGCUGGAGGCAGUGAAGUUCCCGGCCAAAGCACCCCGACCGUCCCAAUCGUUACGCCCUCACCCAGCAUUCCUGGGGGUGGUGCUGGAGGUGGACCUGGCCAAAGCACAGCAACUGUUCCAGUUGUCUCACCUUCGCCCAGUGUCCCAGGAGGUGGUGCUGGAGGCAGCGAAGCUCCCGGCCAAAGCACCGCAACCAUCCCAGUUGUUUCGCCCUCGCCAUCGCCCAGCGUCCCUGGAGGAGGAGCAGGAGGAGGCCCUAGUCAAAGCACUGAGACCGUUCCAGUUACCUCGCCCUCGCCUAGUGUCCCUGGAGGUGGUGCUGGGAGUGGUGAAGGUCCUGGCACUUCACCCUCACCAAGUGCCCCAGGAGGCGGCGCUGGAGGAGGUGGUGAAGGAGGUGGUCAGAGCACUGGGACUGUCCCAGUUGCUACGCCCUCGCCCAGUGCUCCCGGAUCUCAGGGUCCCGGUGGAGUUCCUUCUGAGUGUGCGCAGUGCCCUCCAACAUCGACUGUAUAUAUAACAGUUACUGCCGAUUGCACCACUGAAACGCCUGGCGUACCUGGCGGAGAGUCAAACACCCCUGGAGUUCCUGGAGGAACCGAGCCUGGUCAACCUCCUUCUACUGAGACUCCUGUUGGUCCCGGUGGCGGCGGCGUGACGCCUACUGGCCCUGCUGGCGGAGGCGAGACUUCCACUGUCCCUGCUGGCGGUGGAGGUCCCCAACCCACUGGACCUGCUGGCGGCGGUGCCGGUGGGAGUUGCCCUGCUGAUCUCUCGGGCGACUAUGAGUUCCCCCAUUUGAUCAUCCCUAUUGACUCGUCCUCCCCUGAUGAAGCUUACGGCACUCAGUUCAACGGAACUGUGACAUCCACUGUCUCGACAAUCUUCAACUUUGACAUUCCUGCCACGGCUGCUGGAAAGACUUGUACCCUUGUUUUCCUCUUCCCUCGGCAAGAGGAUCUUGAGACUUCAGCAUUCGAUUUCAGUGGAGACGGCACGAUUCAAUUCUCAGCAGUCGAAACGUAUGCCACCGAGUCAACCACAUACAACAACGCUCCUCAGAUCAGUCAAAAUCUUGGCCAGUUCACUGUUUCCCCCGGGAACUCCUACACCGUCUGUAGUUCCGAGUGCCCGGCUGGCCAGACCGUCGGCUACGAGAUGUCGACUGCUGGAACCACUGAGCUCGAAUUCUUCGAAGAUUAUAAUCCCUCACCGAUCGGUCUGUUCAUCACUGUCUGUUAGAAUGGACAAGCAAUGAGACUGGUUACAAAGGCAUUCGAUGAUAGACGUCAAAAGCCUGGCCAAGUUUGAAUUUGUAACAUAACUUUCCAUAUCCUCUCAGAUCAAUUAGGUA